AGAAAAGAAACAUCAAUGGUAAAGUUGGAAUUCCUGAAGACAGUAAUACAUUUUUCUGAAAACAAACAUCAGUUAGGCUUCAAAUAAUUUAAUGAAUAUAUUUAACAGGCAGCAUCGUUGGCCCAAAAAACACGUCGGGAAAGAGAGAAACAAGAAAAAGAAAGUCGGCAAAAAGAGAAACAGGAAAAAGAACAUCAGGAAAGAGAAAAACAAGAUAAUGCUAAUGCCAAUGUGCAAGGUGAUCGGAUAAAACAUGUUGCAGUUCCAACUGAACAGCAGUUACAAAAAAAGGGGGAGAAACGAAUAAAAAUGCAGGCAAGAAAAUAAAUAAAAUUAAACGUGAUUUAAUGAAUGGCUUCAUUUGGAUUUCUACAGAUUCUAUGGUGAUGGUUUUAUUAAAAGACAUGUUUUUGGUAAUUGCAGGAUACUCAGUCCCAAAAGAAACCGAAAACUGUUCUGACCCCUAUGCAAAACAUGGAGCAGAAUCCAGAAUUUGACGCUGCGUGUGGUGAUCAGGUGAAUACUCUAGGAGAGGAGAGCAAUAUGCAAAGAAGUCCUGUAAGUGCAUCAGCCGCCGCAAAUGAAAACGAGAUGUACUAUACUAGAAUUUUAAAUUACGUAUAUCUAUUCUUUCCGGGUAUUCAUCUAAUGACGUGUUUUGACCCUUAUUUUUCAAUAGGUCUGUACCAGUUCCAGACGUCUCAUCUGAUGAGUAUACUGAUCAUUACUAUUCUUCAGAUGACAGUCUUGACGAUGAAAACAACGAUGUACCUAUACAGUUCAGUGAUCUAUGAACAGCAGUUGGAAAUAAACGUAAAGCCGGAAGGAAAGCACGUUCAACUGUUAAUGAGGAUGGAAAGAAAGCACGUUCAACUGUUUACCAUCACAAAGGAAAGAUUCAUUUACCACCACUACGUGAACCUCCUCUGGAAUUAAUGGAAUUGUUCGAAGGAAAUAGCUAUCGUUCAAGACGGUUUCGACAAGCUAUCAGAAAAUACAACGCUGCUAAUGCAUUUACAAGUCUUGGAUGCAAAUAUGACACAAGGGCAUCCAAGGGAAGCGGUCCACCGUGAUUCUCAAUACAUGGUGAGUUGCGACAUUACAGUGGAUCUCUGAUGCCAAAAGAAAUAGAUGAUGCUAUUUACUCUCAACUAUUUCUGUAUGAUCCAGCUUAUGCAUUGUCGAUACGUGAAAACAGAAAUAAGGAUCUAGAUAGAGAAAUACUAGGUAUAAUCCAAGAUACUCUAUUAAAACAUAACAGAUUCAUUCCUCUGUAUCAUCAGGCACAUGAUAUCUUGAAAGAUAGGCAGGCUUCAUCAGAAAAAAUAGUUCAAGUAUCACUCCAUUUUAAUGAAAACUCAGAUCAGCGCCGUUAUAAUUUGCCGUCAGUAGAAGAAGUAUCUGUCGUCGUCCCUGAAAAGCCAGGGGAUGUGACAACAACUCGAGAUGUUCUGUUGCACCUAAAAGAUGGAAACGGCUUAACAAGAAUAGAUGAAUGCCACCCUGCUUACCUACCUUUACAUUAUGUUUUGUUAUUCCCUUAUGGAGAGCUAGGUUGGAGCAUUGAGCUUGCACAAUGGGACGCUGGUGGAAAAAAAUAUACAUAUACAAGAAUAUGUCAUAUGCAAGUUUUCAAUUACCGACCUUCCAGCGUAGAUCAGAAUAUUCAACAAUCCUAAGAGGAGGAAAACUUUUCCAGGAAUUCUUAGUGGAUGCAUGGGCUUUGACAGAACAAAAUCGGUUGGAUUAUAUGAGAUUUCACCAAGGAAAAUUACGCGCAGAUCACUAUGGUUCCAUAAUAAAAAUGAAAGAAGAAGGGUUAACGCCUAAUAAAGGAGGUACACCAUGCAUUUUACCAUCAUCACAUAUCGAGAGCCCAAGGAAUACGUACGAAAUUUAUCAGGAUUCGAUGGCAAUUACACGUUUUAACCAUCACCUUGAUAUUUUUCUAACAAUGACCGCAAAUCCGAAAUGGCCGGAAAUUCAAGACGCACUUCUAGAACUCCAACAUGCCUGUGAUCGUCCGGAUUUAGUGGCACGAGUUUUUGAAUUGAAAAUGAGGGCGCUUAUGGAUGAGAUAACGAAAAAGAACGUGUUUGGGAAAGUUGUAGCCCAUGUACACACCAUAGAGUUCCAGAAACGAGGACUACCACAUAUGCAUCUGCUGAUAUUUUUAGAAAAAUCAGAGAAAAUCCGUACAGUUGAAUAGGUUGAUAAAUACGUAUCAGCCGAAUUCCCAGAUGAGAAUAUAGAUCCAGUUCUCUUCGAUACAGUAAGAAAGUGCAUGGUUCAUGGACCAUGUGGUGAUAGAAAUCCAGAGUCUCCAUGCAUGAAAAAGGGAAAAUGUACUAAAAAUUACCCUAAGAAGUACAAUGAUACUACGUGUUUUAGAUAGUGGGGGCUACCCAGUCUAUCGUCGAAGAGAUGAUGGAAGAGAAGUUAUCGUUCACAAUGGAUGUAAGGCUUAUAAGACCGAUGUUGUACCUUACAACCCACACUUAUCAAGAAUGUUUAAUUUCCAUAUAAACGUGGAAGUAUGUGCUGGAGUAAGAGCAGUCAAAUACAUAAAAAAUUACAUCUACAAAGGGUAUGACAAAACAAUAGUUGUUGUUGGAGCAAAAGAUGAGGUGCAGCUGUACAUUGACGCAAGGUAUAUUGGACCGCCUGAAGGUGCAUGGCGUUUAUUUGGUCUUUCAAUGCAUAGAGAAGAACCAAAUGUCGUAAGAUUGGCAAUCCAUUUGCCAGUGAUGCAAAGAAUAGUCUAUGAAUCAGAGGGAACCAUAGAAGGUGUUACGGAUAAAGCUGAGAACUAUAAGUCAACGUUAAUGGCUUAUUUUGAAUAUUAUGCUGAAAAUCCAACUUCGCAAGCAUAUACAUAUCAAGAGUUUCCACAGCACUUUGUUUGGUCUGGUAAAAAGUGGAAAAUCAGACAACGUGGUUUCGUGGUUGCUAGAAUGUACUUUGUAUCUCCCAAUGCCGGAGAAUUGUAUUACCUGAGAUUGUUGCUGACUGUUGUUGCGGGUGCAGAUUCAUUCGAGAGUCUAAGAACAGUGAAUGGUGAAUUAUGUCAUACGUUUAAGAAAGCUUGCAUAGAACUUGGACUUCUAGAACAUGACAGGGAAUGGCUAGCGCUUUUUGAAGAGUCCGUGGAUAUCCAUACAGGAAGUAAGUUAAGAAAACUAUUCAAAAUCGUCUUAUCUGAUUGUAACCCGACAAAAGCAGAACUUUUGUGGGCCAAGUUUGGUUUGAAAAUGUGUGAUGAUCUCCCUCAUAGAUUACAAACAAUGUUUGGCAUUCAAAAUCCGACAGAUGAACAGAUUUUGGACUAUGGAUUGUAUCUCUUGGAUAAAUUACUGCGUGAAGGCGGUAAGAAACUGAAAAAAUAUCCUAGCAUGCCAUUACCAAAAGGGAAUUGGGGUAAGUUAGUUGGCACAGGUUGAUACAUGAGCAUAAACAACUGGAGCUUGCUAUACAACAACCAGAACUUCAGAAAAAUAUUGCAAACUUGAACCGAGAACAGUUAUCGGUGUACAAUGACAUAAUGGAGUCUGUCCAGCAAAGGGAUGGUCGUACGUUUUUUCUAAAUGGAAGUGCAGGAACAGGGAAAACAUUCCUAUAUAAUACAGUAGCUGCAAGUUGCCGACUCAAAGGUGACAUAGUCCUGACUGUUGUAUCAUCAGAUGCAGUAGGAGCGUGCAUUAGAAGUUCUGUUAUCUGUAAUAACAUAACAGUUCUCACACUUACGAAGAAUAUGCGCCUUGAUCAAUGUGAUCCAGAAAACAUAGCUUUCGCAGAAUUCUUACUCGAGGUAAUAUUCUUUGAUAUUGGAUUUAAAAACAAUGACAAAAUUUAAGAUUUAAACUGACAUUUUACUUAUAUAUUUUUACAAAUAUGGUGUAGGUCGGGUCAAAACCAGAAGAAAAAAUUGAACUCCCAUCAUCGGUGAAUAGAUGCAAAGACGUGAAUGAGAUGAUAUACAAACUGUAUCCUUCUUUAGGGACACCUAACCAAGUAUCACCGGAAGAGUUAACCGAUAGGAUCAUUUUAUCAGCACGUAAUGAUGAUGUGAACGAUAUUAACAUGGAAGCUUUGAACAUCUUGGAUGGAGAAACAU